CGCGUCGCGUUACUUGCACUUUAUUCUCGGGUGAAGCGUUAUGGGGGUUCUAAACCUCCCACAAUUCCGUUACCAUGGCCCGUGGGUCCAGAUGCUGAUUGCUGGCUUGGGCGUUGGCUCAUCGGCUGGUAUCUACGUUGCUCUUAAUCUGCUGGGUGCUGGCGGUGGAAAGCCAGACUCAGCCCAAGUAGUCCAAGUGGUCAAUGCAACACUAUGUGCAGUGUGGUUCUUUUCGUCCUCUUUCGGCGGUUCCAUUUUGAACAAACUCGGCCCUGGCCUUACCAUGUGUAUCGGCGUUCAGACCUACGCUGUCUAUGUCGGCUCGCUCUGGUAUUACGACGAGACUGGCAAGACUGGCUAUCCGUACGCCGCUGGUCCCAUUAUUGGUAUUGGCGCAGGUAUGGUGUUCAUCACCGCUGGGUAUGUAGCAACUGGCUAUCCUGAGGAGAGCGAGAAAGGAUCGUACGCCACCAUCUUGAUGAACAUGCAAGCCUUUGGGUCCGUCAUUAGCGGUAUCAUUCCCGUAAUCAUCAAUCGAGAUUCCGACACGGUCGCCGGCGUACCUCGAUCGGUAUACAUAUCAUUCAUCACAAUCAUGGUCGUUGGUGGUUUGCUCUGCCUGACUUUGCUGCGACCGCACCGGCUCACGAGAGACGACGGCUCAGUGGUAGCCGUAGAUCGGCCAAGAGGCGCUUGGGACGAGUUGAAAUCCAACUUGCUCGCUUUCACAGACCCAAUCCUGAUCAUGAUGCUGCCCGCCUUUCUUCCAGCCGAGGGCUUCUUGGUGUACAGCGGAUCAGUCAACGCGUUCAACAAUAACCUCCGUACCCGCUCGCUGCUAUCAUUUAUUGCAGUCGUUUUGCAGAUUCCAGCAGGAUGGGCUUUGCAGUGGGUUCUUGACUAUCCAGGCUGGGGCCGACGCAAGCGUGGAUUGAUUGGGCUCACUGGUGUUUGUGUUCCUCUUGUCAUUGCAUGGGUUUGGGAGAUGAUUCGCACUCGCAAUUACAACCGCGACUAUCCACCAAUCCAUCCUACCGACUGGGAGGAUGAUAGUUUCGGCUGGGUCUUUGUCCUAUUCAUGCUCAACUGGGUCUUCUCUCAGCUCUGGCAUAACAUAGUGUACUACUGGAUCGGCGCACUAACCAACUCACCGCAAAAGCUCACGCACUAUGUCGGCAUUUUCCGGGGUGUACUCGGGGCCGGCGAGGCCAUUUGCUUUGGCCUCGACAGCAUCAAAAUUCCGUUUAUCGCAGAGGCAGGAGGCAUACUACUGUUCUACAUGAUGGGCAUAGCAAGCUUCUACUACCUGGGCAUCUACCACAUGACGGACACCAACUACGACAAAACCGAGAAAGGGGCUGUAGUUCCAAACCAUAUCUUGGAAAGAGAAGGUUUGCCGCCAACCCAUGAGGUGGACGAGAGACGACAAAAGACGCUGAAUGGCGAGGAAAAAGUUUGAUACCCCUGAGCCAUCUCGGCAGCUUUACACGUAGAGAGACGCUUAUUCGAUAAUACCACCACCGUAGUCCACGGCAAGUUUUUACAUGGCCGAAAAAGACGAAGAAGAAGAAGAAGAAGAAGAAGAAGAAGAAAAGUUCUAGAACCUCCAUUAGUCUCUCUUG